AUGGGACCUCACAAUGCCACAAGAGCUAAUGGUGUUAAAGAAGAUCUUGUUGGUGAUGCUGCCAAAACUAACUUGCAUUCUCUUUCUGCGAUCAUCGGAAAUGUCAAUGGUGUCUCUGAAGGCGAAUGGGUGUCUCAGAUUGCCCUUGCCGCGAAGCAAAGACUUGGAAGGAUGCCAAGAGGUGGUUGGAACCUUGUCCUGGAUAAGUUCAAUGAGAAGUACUCGGCAAAGUGCUCCAGUUUAUGCCAACUAAAGAGCAUGGCUAGACGGAAUAACAAUGUGCAAGGGAGAUGCGACUCUUCCAGAGUGCAAGAUGAUGUGGACGUAGAAAUUUCCAGUUUCAGAAAUUGCCUAGAGGAACUCAAAUUCCAAAUUGGGAAAGUUCAGUCUAUUCAGAGAGACUCUCGAAAGCCAACUCCAAAGGUGCAACGAAGGAUGGUAAAAACUGAUAUCCUGGCUGGAUUAAAUUCUGCAAUUUAUCAUAUUACAAAAGAUGAUCCGCCCCAAGAUAUUAAUCAAAUUACCGAUAUUCUAUAUGCUGUACAGUGUGCUUAUUUGGCUUUAACUACGAGAGCCAGACCACAGAGCACAUGGUUGGAAAACACGGAAAGAAAAAUCUCUAAAUUAGCAGAUGAAAUUGACACAGUUCGUUCCUUCUCCAAACAAACCUUGCCUCAGGCAGAAAAGCAAAAGGCAAUGGAUGUUCUCUGCCGCUACGGAUAUAAGAAGUCUAAGAAGGGGGAGCUAACCAGAAUUGAGACUCUAUUGAAUGAUCUAAUUAGAAUCAAAAAGAAACAGAUAUCUAUCCAUUCCUCGAGGAAAAAUUUCCGGAAAGACAAUGCGUGUUUUGAAUUAAACCGCAGAAGAUUUUAUCGAAACUUAUCUUCGAGCAACGAAGCCACCCUGUAUGGGUUUGGUGAUGGUGAGUGCUUAUCAUUUUGGGAAGAUGUCUGGAGCAAGAAAAAUAUGGGGCCCGUAGUUUAUGAUUUUGUGGGUGUGAGGUGUACUGGCGGUGAAACCAUGCGACCUCAUUUCACAAGUGAUUUUAUUAUGGAUAUGCUCAAAUGUGCACCUGACUGGAAGGCAUGCGGAUGCGACGGAACGUAUAACUUUUUCUUAAAGAAGAUGGAUUCUUUGCAUGGGUUUCUGUGUAAAGAGAUAGUCCGAAUAAUUAAUGGAGAGUACACGCCCGAUAGCUGGUUUUACACUGGCGUAACUUACUUGAUCCCUAAAAAAAGUGAGUGUGAGACCCCGAAGGACUUACGCCCUAUAACGUGUAUGCCAACUUUGUAUAAACUUGUCACCAAAUGUGUUAAUGCCAAACUGGCCGAUUUCAUCGAGGCAUUUGGCUUAAUCUCAGAUAAUCAGCUUGGACGAGGAAGCAAUGUCAAGGUGCCAAAGAGCAAGCCCUCAUUAACCAAUGCUUAA